AUGAUAACUCAACCCGUCCAGAGAAUACCACCUACUUGUGCACCCCUAUGUAAGACGCACUUUGAAUCUUAUGUACUCGAACACAUCACGCAUCUGCUCGAAAGCAAGAAAUCGAAAACUACUAAGAAAAGACCAGAACCGACACGAGUUCAGCCUAGACGAGCCGCAAAAGACAGCCAUAUUCUAGCAAAGGCCAAAAGGAAACGUGACACGGACCAAGAGUUGACCAAGUCCGAAGCCAAGCGGAGGAAAACCGACAACUCGGCCCAGAACUCUACCAAAUGGAAGGCAUUUUCCAAAGCAUUUGAACAGCAAGUAGACGAGAUCGCUGGGAAAGCUAGAGAAGAGAGAUUUGGUGACUGUCCUUUUGGACCUACGCCAUGGACAUGUCAUCUAUGCACAUCUGAAAUCGCCAAGUCAACGGACGGAAUGCUUCUUACAAAUGAAGAGCCUGGAGCUCCAGUUGCUGACAUGAGCCCCAUCGGAUGUUUCCUGGAGGUAAAUCUAUGGGAUGGUGUGUGGUUGGGAGAAUUGGAGUUUUCCCACUGCGAGGGGUUGUCUUACAUCCUUGACGCUUGUGGAGAGCCGAGGUUCAUGUUUCUAUGA